GCAGAAAUGUUGCCCUCUGUGAAAUGAAAUGUAACAAAGCAAAGAGCGGAAGGGUUGUUUGCAUGAAUGCCUUGGAUGUUCUCACCCACUCACAUUCUGAAUUGAAAUAUCACUCUCCAACUUAAACUCUUUAUUAAUAUUCUCCUGGUAGGCCACAGGUGUGUGUGCAUGUUAGAGCUGGGCGAUAUGGGCAAAAAUACCUAUCGUGAUAAAUUGCCUGAAUUGAUGCAAUAACGAUAAAUUGAACGAUAAGUUUGUAACAUUAAUGUGCUCUGCAGAUUUUUUGAAAUGAUCCUUUAAACUACUACUACUACUAGUGUGAUAGUUGAAUGGGUGUAACAAUCACUCAUAUUAGCAAACUUAUUUAAUUUCCUACAUCACAUUUCUCUAGUAUAGGCUACUUAUCGUAAUGAAUGAUAUCAUCAGAAUGCUUGAGAUAAGUGAUCGGUAUGGUCGGUUUAUCUUCCCAGCUCUCGUGUGCGUGUGUGUGCAGGCAGUGCUUGUUUGUGGAUUGUUGGGGUUGUGGGUUGUUGUUGAUGACUGAGGUCAGCUAUGUCUAAGAGGGAAACAAAGCACGUCUGAAAUGCGACCCAGGCUUUGUUCACUAGUGACCAAGCCCAGGAAAUAUUUGGCAUGUGUGGUGUGGGUUACAAACACACUUUUCAUCAAUGAUGAGACCCAAAACCCAAGAGCUUUCUGUCAAAUGACUGCUCUUUUAAAAUGUCAAUCCUACCUCAACAACUGGGAUUUGUAAAAAACAAACAAAAAAAACAAACAUUUUUUUAAUGGAUUUCUGCAUUGAAAAGCAUGUAUCUGUUUGACGCUCACAGAUAUGGUUUCUCCCAGUCAGCACAGGUAGGUACUUGCCAACCCAUCCCCUCACACCCACCCUGCCACUGUUCCACACAGACUAGUCAAAACAAGUUGGGUAGCCAUGUUUUGCUCCCACAACAGAGCUCAAUGGCAGACUCAUAUGAUACAUUUCAACUGACGGGAUUGUCAAUGGGGUACACCUUUAAAAUAGAGCUACGUUCUUCGUACGGCGGAAGCAGUAGGACCUAAACUUUUGGAUAGAUUUUUGUAAACUACGCAGCUGUGCUACCUGGGCAAUUUCUAUUUGUGUUGGGUCGUAGUGUGGAGCCUAUCAGUUUGUGUGUGUACAGAACCAAGUGUGUACAUAGGGAGUGAACUCUUGCUUAAUCUACAGCUUUAUAGAACUGACUGUUCCUAUUGAAAUCAAUAGAGUGUGAAGUUGUUGAACUGGGAGAGGGGUCGUGUCUCUCUCUAUCCAGCUAACAGCCUCACAGUGCAGGCUACUAUCAAGUGGCUCUUGGACUAGGCUUGGGCCGUAUACCGGGGUAUUUGGAAAAAGCCACGGGAAGCUUUUUCAAUAACUUUGAACCGAACCCCAUAGCACAGGAUGAAGAACCGGACAGACGCCCCGCGUGAUAGGGGCUGGUUGGUGGGGAUCACCUUCUUCAUUCUGGGCCUCGGGACACUGCUACCAUGGAAUUUCUUUAUGACCGCCUCCAUGUAUUUCAAUAGACGCCUCAACAAGGAAGAAUGGAGCAACGGCACGGUGGUGGCCCAGAAAGAGUACUACUUCAACAACUGGAUGACUCUGCUGUCCCAGCUUCCCCUGCUGCUCUGCACUCUGCUCAACUCCUUCUUCUAUCAGCGGAUAUCGGAGAUGGUGCGGAUAGCGGGCAGCCUGGUCUUCAUCCUCGUCCUCUUCAUCCUCACUGCCAUCCUGGUCAAGGUCCCUAUGGAGGAGCACCGUUUCUUCUCUGUUACCAUGGCUACCAUCUGGUUCAUCAACUCGUUUGGAGCGGUGUUACAGGGCAGUCUGUUUGGCCUGGUGGGCUUGCUGCCUCAGAGGUACAGCGCUGUGUUUAUGAGUGGCCAGGGGCUGGCCGGCACCUUCGCCGCUCUCGCCAUGCUGGUCUCCAUAGCCAGUGACACAGACUUUGAUACGGCUGCGUUGGGUUACUUCAUCACUCCUUGUGUAGGAACCCUGCUCACUCUCCUCAGCUACCUCCUCCUGCCUCGCCUGGAGUUUGCCCGGUUCUACUUGGACAAGAGCAGGAGCUAUGAGGUGGAGACCACAGACGAGCUGCUGAAAGAGAGUGGCACGGAGCAGAACGGCAAGCUGAAUGGCAAGGCCAACGGCACAUUGGCCAAUGGUGAUGCCAGCGGCGAGGAGGUGGAGGUAGAGGGGGGCAGUCCUAAGCAUAACUUCCUACCCCUGGAGCAGGCUGAGGACAGGGACCGGAAGUCCACCGUCAUGGAGGUGUUUAAAAAGAUAUGGGUGAUGGCGUUCUGUGUGGUUUUUGUCUUCACCGUCACCCUCGCUGUGUUUCCUGCCAUCACUGUGGACGUCAAAACCAUAUACCCUGGGAAAUGGGAGUCCUAUUUUAUCUCAGUGUGUUGCUUCCUCAUCUUCAACGUGGGUGACUGGAUCGGUAGAACCGUCACCAGCCUGUUCCAAUGGCCUCCCAAGGAGAGUCGUCUGUUCCCGGUGCUGGUGGUCUCCAGGGUGGUGUUUGUUCCCCUGCUGAUGUUCUGUAACGUUCAGAGCCGCUCCUACCUCCCCGUCCUCUUCUCCCACGACGCUGCUUUCGCCUUCAUCAUGAUGCUCUUCUCCCUCUCCAGCGGCUACUGCGUCUGCCUGUCAAUGUCCUACGCCCCACAGUGAGUAGAAGUAACACACACACACAC